CAGACAGCAGUGGGGUAAACAUUAACCCUUCUGGAUUGUUUACGUGUCAGAAGACGUUUUCUACUCGACUAUGAGACAUGGCGGCGGCUCCCUGUGUGUGGUUUAAAGGACGUAAGACGAUGCUCCGAUUUUCAGUGAAUGUGCACCGGGCGAGCAGGAGGUUUUCAGAGAGCAGCGACAAAAGCUGGUUCCGUUCCUUAUUUGUGCACAACGUCGAUGCCAGGAAAGAUGCCCACUCCAACCUGCUGUCAAAGAAGGAGACCAGCAACCUGUAUAAAAUUCAAUUUCACAAUGUCAAACCAGAGUGCCUGGAAGCCUACAACAGUCUGGAGGCAGAGGUGCAAACGAGGCUCCAUCAGGACAAGGACUACCCGUGUGAGGUGGUUGGGAGCUGGAAUACCUGGUACGGAGAACAGGAUCAAGCUGUGCAUUUAUGGAGAUACAUAGGCGGGUACCCAGCCUUGACUGAAUGCCUGAAGAAGUUGAACAAUAACAAGGAAUAUUUAGAGUUUCGGAAAGAGAGAGCAAAAAUGUUGAUUUCCAGAAGAAACCAGCUUCUCCUGGAGUUCAGUUUUUGGAAUGAACCUCUGCCCAGGCAAGGACCAAACAUCUAUGAAAUGCGCACGUAUUACCUCAAGCCAGGAACCAUGAUUGAAUGGGGAAACCACUGGGCGAGGGCAAUCAAGUACAGACAGGAGAACAACGAGGCAGUGGGCGGGUUCUUCUCACAGAUUGGUGACCUGUAUGUCGUUCAUCACUUGUGGGCUUAUGAAAGCCUCCAGUCCAGGGAGGAGACAAGAAACUCUGCUUGGUUAAAGGAGGGAUGGGAUUCAAGUGUUUAUUACACAGUGCCUCUGAUCAGGAACAUGGAGUCUAGACUAAUGAUCCCCACCAAAGGUUCACCAUUGCAAUAAGGAAAUGUGAAUGACCAGAACUUGUCAAUCUACUGCCAGAGCAAAAUGGGAUAAAGCUUGGUCAUAGUGAUCCAAUAUUAUCUGCUGGAUGAUCUCUGUUACUGCCAAGUAUGUAGUAUGUUCUGAUUCUCCACAGCACUGGUGCAUAUUUUUUUUCAUUUCCAUUUCCAGUUUAGAAGUACAAAAUUCCAUAUUGUGUAAUAAUCUACAUUAUGAUUAUGUAGAGCGAGAUGCUGCUUUUUGUUGUUUAUCAUGAACAAUGGUCAUAGACCACGUUUUUUUCAGCAUGAAGGAAUCUCCUCAGGCCUAUCAGGUCUGCUUUUUUUUUUUUUUACUAUCAGUGAUGGGAAUCACGUUGAAUGAAAUCACACUGAGAUUCACCACUAUGACUGUGAAUCACACUUUAAUAUACCUCAAUCAAUGAAGCAUCUGACCAUUGUGCUGAAGAAAUUUUACAUUGGGAUGAGUAAAGCGCCUUAAAGAGCACAUUUCCUCUCUGGACUGAAAUGAUCAUGCUUUUAAAAAUAAAAGUUGAUCAUUUCAUAGGAAUGUGUUUCAUGUGUAUUGUUUGGAAUAGAAAAUUUGGUCUUAGGAGUUGAAGUCAUGCAAAUUAUCUGAAAUACUUGAAGUAAGCUGACAGUUUUGCUGGGUAAAAGGUUUAUAAGUGCUACACAUGAUAGUGACAUAUAGUGCUGCAAUGAUUGUUCAAUUACUAAAUUAAUUGUCAACUA